GGAGCGCUGCGCUCGCACCAGCUGUUUCCCGCCUUGAGCGGCAGAGGCGCGGCGCGCUCAGCUGGGGCCGGCGCCCGCAUGGAGUACUUCAUGGUGCCCGCGCAGAAGGUGCCCGCGCUGCAGCACUUCAGGAAGUCGGAGAAGGAGGUGAUCGGCGGGCUCUGCAGCCUGGCCAACAUCCCACUGACCCCAGAGACCCAGCGGGACCAGGAGCGUCGGAUACGCAGAGAAAUCGCAAACAGCAACGAGCGAAGGCGGAUGCAGAGCAUCAAUGCCGGCUUCCAGUCUCUAAAAACCCUCAUUCCACACACAGAUGGGGAGAAGCUCAGUAAGGCGGCGAUUCUCCAGCAAACAGCUGAAUACAUCUUCUCUCUGGAGCAGGAGAAGACUCGGUUACUGCAGCAGAACACACAGCUCAAGCGGUUCAUCCAGGAGUUCAGUGGCUCCUCUCCGAAGCGGCGGCGGGCGGAGGACAAGGACGAGGGCAUUGGCUCGCCGGACAUCUGGGAGGACGAGAAGGCAGAGGAUCUGCGCCGAGAAAUGAUCGAACUCCGACAGCAGCUCGACAAGGAGCGGUCGGUCCGCAUGAUGCUGGAGGAGCAGGUGCGCUCCUUGGAGGCCCACAUGUACCCUGAGAAGCUCAAGGUGAUCGCCCAGCAGGUGCAGCUCCAGCAGCAGCAGGAACAGGUGAGAUUGCUGCACCAGGAGAAGCUGGAACGUGAGCAGCAGAUCCGAACGCAGGUUUUGCAGCUGGUUCCUGCUUCAGCACAGUCUGCAAAGGAGCUCGCUGCAGAAGACUGCUUGCUCCUGCCAGCACACGGUCCCCCAGCACCUACCCAUCAUCCCACUGUGAUUGUACCAGCACCACCUCCUUCCCAUCAUGUCACCGUGGUAACCAUGGGCCCAUCCUCCGUAAUCAACACAGUCUCUACAUCCAGGCAAAACCUGGACACCAUUGUUCAGGCAAUUCAGCACAUUGAAGGGACGCAGGAAAAGCAGCUGCAGGAGGAGGAGCAGAGGCGUGCGGUCAUCGUGACGCCUGUCCGGGCGUGCCUGGAGCCCUCCAAUUCUGACACCGCCUCCGACACAGGGGGGGAUGACAGUGACUCCAUGGAUCAGAGCAAGGAAGAUCCCUCAGGGGAGGGGGAGCUGCCCUGACACUCCCCAGCCAGCAGCAGGGAAAGGGGUGGGACUGGGGGAGGGGAAUGUCAGAGAAUAUGCUGAAAUUUUUAAAAAAUACAAUGCGAUUUGGGUCUCUUUUAUGACCUUUUUCAAUACUGUAAAUGGGAGCGCUAGAACCAGAUACGCUGAAAGUUCAUGCUGCAGUUGAAAGCAAACCAGGGGGCGGGAAGGGGGUGCUGUGUCAGUGAACCAGCACUGGGGGAGGGAGGGGGGCUGUUUUUAACUAGAGAUGGGCCAAAACUGGAACCCAGGAUCUGAACUCAGAUGAACUGUUUGGGGGUUCGGGUAACUGGGACCUGGAACCAAAUCGCUUGUGGUUUUGUAAAACUCAAACCCAACUUACAGUAAUCUUGUAAAACUAGUCCCGGCUUUAUCCAGCACUGGUGCGAUGGAUGGUGCACGGGCACUGGGCUGUUCAUGGGCCGGCCUGAGUUCUUGUUUCUUGUUUGUUGGUAGUUUCUCUAUUUUAAAAAAAGGAAAAAAAGAAAAAAAAUUUAAGGGACACCGUCAACUGAAGUCCCAUGGCACAGAACACGUCUCCUGCUCUCAAGCUGACUAGUGGAGGAUAGAGAGGAAUGUGUUGAGGUUACUUGGCACGUUGGACAAUGCUCUGUGUGUGGUCAGUUUCACUACUUCUCCUGCAUCACUGGGCACUUCCCUUGGAAGAACCCCCACAAAUGGCAACAGGGGUAAGAAAAUACUUUUUAAAACAGAAAGAUGGGAUUGUAAGGCCACUGGAAACAUGGGGGGGCGGGGGGGUUGGGGAGCAGGUGUAGUACUUGAAAGGACUCUGAGCUUGCUUAAAAAUUGACUGACUAGAUUUCAGUUUGGUGUUGCUUUAGAUUUUAAAAAAAUCCCAACCCUACAAACCCACAUCAUUUCCGGCCCCGAUGGCAGGAGAUGCUCAACAAGACAAUAUCAACUUCACGUUCUUUAUUUUUCCUUUGUUUCCUCCUAAAGCACUUAAUCCAUUUUGUGGGGUCUGCCCCGUCAGAAGAGCUGUUCUGUUCUGUGAUUGUGUCGCUUCUGUUUCUUUUUUCUGUUGUGUUUUGGUUUCCUUUCUGCCCUCCCCUGCCCGCUUCCUGUUUGGCUGUAGGUUUAGGCCAGUGUUGUGUAGAGCCUUGUGGGUAUUUGGUAGGUUCCUCCCUGACCACAACUGUUUCUCUCUGUUUGUUUUCUUUCAUUUUUUGUAUUUUUUUUACGAUUUUCAGGUCUUUGUGUUCAUCGAGAAGCUAUUAUAUUUUGUUAAGAAAGUGAAAAAAAAAAAGGCUUGUGCCUUUGUAAAGAAACAAAAUAAAGUUUGUACUUUGUUUUUUAGAA